AUGUAUAGUUAUACAUUAUACACAUUUUAUUUUCGAGCAGUUGUGUGCGUGCAAAAGUGCUCGCUUGUCGCGUUGCGGUGCGUGUGCUUUCUACAAUUUACUUUCAUCGCCUCGGCUGAAGCGGAGGCGAUCGCGGCCGCGCGGCAACCGGGGCCCGUGCUGCGCGCCGCGGGGCGGACGCCCGUCCCCCCGAGGCGGCGCUGGGUCCCGCCCUCCUCGCUGCGGCACCACGAGGUGCCCGACGGCGACGCCAAGCACGACAUCAUCCAUCGCAAGGUCAGUGCCCACUACCCACUACCCCGCCUGUCCCCCGAGGCGGCGCUGGGUCCCGCCCUCCUCGCUGCGGCACCACGAGGUGCCCGACGGCGACGCCAAGCACGACAUCAUCCAUCGCAAGGUCAGUACCCACUACCCACUACCCCGCCUGUCCCCCGAGGCGGCGCUGGGUCCCGCCCUCCUCGCUGCGGCACCACGAGGUGCCCGACGGCGACGCCAAGCACGACAUCAUCCAUCGCAAGGUCAGUGCCCACUACCCACUACCCCGCCUGUCCCCCGAGGCGGCGCUGGGUCCCGCCCUCCUCGCUGCGGCACCACGAGGUGCUCGACGGCGACGCCAAGCACGACAUCAUCCAUCGCAAGGUCAGUACCCACUACCCACUACCCCGCCUGUCCCCCGAGGCGGCACUGGGUGCCGCCCUCCUCGCUGCGGCACCACGAGGUGCCCGACGGCGACGCCAAGCACGACAUCAUCCAUCGCAAGGUCAGUACCCACUACCCACUACCCCGCCUGUCCCCCGAGGCGGCGCUGGGUGCCGCCCUCCUCGCUGCGACACCACGAGGUGCCCGACGGCGACGCCAAGCACGACAUCAUCCAUCGCAAGGUCAGUACCCACUACCCACUACCCCGCCUGUCCCCCGAGGCGGCGCUGGGUCCCGUCCUCCUCGCUGCGGCACCACGAGGUGCCCGACGGCGACGCCAAGCACGACAUCAUCCAUCGCAAGGUCAGUACCCACUACCCACUACCCCGCCUGUCCCCCGAGGCGGCGCUGGGUCCCGCCCUCCUCGCUGCGGCACCACGAGGUGCCCGACGGCGACGCCAAGCACGACAUCAUCCAUCGCAAGGUCAGUACCCACUACCCACUACCCCGCCUGUCCCCCGAGGCGGCGCUGGGUCCCGCCCUCCUCGCUGCGGCACCACGAGGUGCCCGACGGCGACGCCAAGCACGACAUCAUCCAUCGCAAGGUCAGUGCCCACUACCCACUACCCCGCCUGUCCCCCGAGGCGGCGCUGGGUCCCGCCCUCCUCGUUGCGGCACCACGAGGUGCCCGACGGCGACGCCAAGCACGACAUCAUCCAUCGCAAGGUCAGUACCCACUACCCCUACCCCGCCUGUCCCCCGAGGCGGCGCUGGGUCCCGCCCUCCUCGCUGCGGCACCACGAGGUGCCCGACGGCGACGCCAAGCACGACAUCAUCCAUCGCAAGGUCAGUACCCACUACCCACUACCCCGCCUGUCCCCCGAGGCGGCGCUGGGUCCCGCCCUCCUCGCUGCGGCACCACGAGGUGCCCGACGGCGACGCCAAGCACGACAUCAUCCAUCGCAAGGUCAGUACCCACUACCCACUACCCCGCCUGUCCCCCGAGGCGGCGCUGGGUCCCGCCCUCCUCGCUGCGGCACCACGAGGUGCCCGACGGUGACGCCAAGCACGACAUCAUCCAUCGCAAGGUCAGUGCCCACUAUCCACUACCCCGCCUGUCCCCCUAGGCGGCGCUGGGUCCCGCCCUCCUCGCUGCGGCACCACGAGGUGCCCGACGGCGACGCCAAGCACGACAUCAUCCAUCGCAAGGUCAGUGCCCACUAUCCACUACCCCGCCUGUCCCCCGAGGCGGCGCUGGGUCCCGCCCUCCUCGCUGCGGCACCACGAGGUGCCCGACGGCGACGCCAAGCACGACAUCAUCCAUCGCAAGGUCAGUGCCCACUACCCACUACCCCGCCUGUCCCCCGAGGCGGCGCUGGGUCCCGCCCUCCUCGCUGCGGCACCACGAGGUGCCCGACGGCGACGCCAAGCACGACAUCAUCCAUCGCAAGGUCAGUGCCCACUACCCACUACCCCGCCUGUCCCCCGAGGCGGGGCUGGGUCCCGCCCUCCUCGCUGCGGCACCACGAGGUGCCCGACGGCGACGCCAAGCACGACAUCAUCCAUCGCAAGGUCAGUGCCCACUACCCACUACCCCGCCUGUCCCCCGAGGCGGCGCUGGGUCCCGCCCUCCUCGCUGCGGCACCACGAGGUGCCCGACGGCGACGCCAAGCACGACAUCAUCCAUCGCAAGAGAAAUUCCAAAAGCUAAGCGAUGACUUGCUGGGACUGGAACUGGAUUCAGACAAGGUGCUGAAGGGUGUGAUCCUGCUGAUCUUCGAGAAGGCGCUGGACGAGCCCAAGUACUCGUCCAUGUACGCGCAGCUCUGCAAGCGGCUCAGUGAGGAAGCGCCCAACUUCGAGCCACCUGGGCAGCCUUGCACGUUCAAGCUGCUGCUGCUAAACAAAUGCCGCACUGAGUUCGAGAACCGCGCUCAGCGGCCAAGAAGAUUGCCUGUAGCACGUGAAAAGGAAGUGGAAACCAUGAUUGAGGGAAUGGUGAAGGAUGGUGUUAUUGAACCUUCAUCUAGUCCAUGGUGUUCACCUGUGGUGCUGGUAAAGAAGAAGGACGGCAGCAUGCGGUUUUGUGUUGACUAUCGCCGCCUGAACGACAUUACAAAGAAGGACAGCUAUCCCUUGCCAAGAAUUGAUGACACGCUGGAUAUGCUUACAGGCGUAAAGUGGUUCAGUACGCUAGAUCUGAAAAGUGGCUACUGGCAGGUUGAAAUUGACCCUAAGGACAAGGAGAAAACUGCAUUCUCCACAGGAAAGGGUCUGUGGCAAUUCAAAGUCAUGCCGUUUGGAUUGUGCAAUGCUCCAGCAACGUUUGAAAGGUUGAUGGAGCUUGUACUUACCGGGCUAAUUGGAGAUGCUUGUCUGGUCUAUUUGGAUGACAUCAUCAUCGUAGGCCGUACGUUUGAGGAACACCUUCAAAACCUGGAACGCGUGCUCAUGAAGAUCCAGAGUGCCAACCUCAAGUUGAGUCCAAAAAAGUGCUCACUAUUCAAACGGCAAGUUAGUUUUUUGGGGUAUGUAGUGUCGGAAGAAGGUAUCCGCACGGAUCCAGAGAAAAUUGCUGCUGUCAAGGAGUGGCCGGUCCCAAAAGACAAGACACAGGUUAGAGCAUUUUUGGGUUUGUGCUCUUAUUAUCGGCGAUUUGUGAAGAACUUUGCAGAUAUAGCCAAACCUCUGCACAAGCUAACCGAGGAGAAGCGACAAUUCUGCUGGGAUGAAAGUUGCGAUAUUGCAUUCCAGGAGCUCAAGAACCGCCUGUGCAAAACACCUAUUUUGGGGUACCCUGAUGCGGGCAAGGAAUUCAUAGUUGACACAGACGCAAGUGAUAUAGGACUUGGCGGUGUGUUGUCUCAACGGAAUGGUGAUCAAGAGAUUGUGAUAGCGUACUUCAGCAAGUCGUUGUCAAAGCCGGAAAGGAACUAUUGUGUCACAAGACGGGAAUUGCUUGCUGUGGUAAAGUCCUUGCAGCAUUUUAGCAAAUAUCUUCUAGGGCGGAAAUUCCACUUACGAACUGACCAUGCUGCACUGAAAUGGCUAUUGCAGUUCAAAAAUCCGGAAGGACAAGUUGCGAGAUGGAUAGAACUACUGCAGGAAUACGACUUUGUGAUCGAACAUCGCAGCGGGAAAUCUCACGGCAAUGCAGAUGCAUUGUCAAGAAGACCUUGCCCUGAAGAUUGCAAGCAUUGUACUAGGCAAGAGGGUAAGGAAGUGGUAUCUGUGAGAAUGCUCAGGACAGACCAGCUCAGCAAUGAGUGGAAGGACAGCCUACAACAUGCACAGCAGGAAGAUUCGGACAUUAAGCCGAUUCUGGAAUGGAUGAAGGCCAGUGCUCCUAAGCCCAAGUGGAGCGACGUCUCAGCAAUGAGUUCGACCACGAAAAGCUAUUGGGCCCAAUGGGACAGCUUGCUGAUUCAGGAUGGAGUCCUGUGCCGUAAAUGGGAAAAUGGUCGAGGAGACAGGUGCCAUUUGCAAAUGGUUGUCCCUAAGGCUAAAGUGCCGGAUAUUCUACAGCUGUACCAUAGUGGUUGUUCAGGAGGCCACCUGGGAGUUAAACGAACUCUCCUGAAGAUCCGAGAACGGUUUUACUGGGUCCACUGUCGUGACGAUGUCGAGGACUGGUGCCGCAAAUGUACAAGUUGUGCGGCUGUAAAGGGACCUCAAAUUCGUAGUAGAGGCGCAUUGAAAUUGUACAAUGUUGGUGCACCAUGGGAGAGGAUAGCCAUUGACGUUGCGGGGCCGUUUCCAGAAACUGAAAGUGGUAACAAGUAUUUCAUGGUAGUGAUGGAUUACUUCACUAAGUGGCCAGAAGUCUUCGCCAUUCCAAAUCAAGAAGCUUCAACAGUUGCAGAUAAACUAGUUCAUGAAGUCUUCUGUCGUUUUGGAGUACCUUUAGAGAUUCACAGCGAUCAAGGAAGGAAUUUUGAGUCUCAAAUAUUCCAGGAAACUUGCCGAGUUAUGGGUACUCAGAAAACACGAACAACUUCUUACCACCCACAAUCUGAUGGAAUGGUAGAAAGAUUUAAUCAGACAUUGGAGAGGUACCUAGCAAAAGUUGUGGAAAAACGGCAACGAGACUGGGACAGGCACAUACAACCGUUUUUGUUGUCAUAUCGAAGCGCUGUUCACGAAAGUACAUCAGUGACACCAGCUUUCGCAAACUUUGGGAGAGAAUUGCGGCUGCCUGCAGACCUGAUCACCGGAAUACCACCUGAUGCCCCACGCAGUAUAACCGAUUAUGCAAAUGACUUGCGGAACAAAAUGAAUGACAUUUAUGAGCACGUCAGACAGACGGGCCAGCAAACGUCUGAGAAGAUGAAAACACGGUAUGACCGCAAAAUGAACAACAAGGGCUUUGAUGAAGGUUCACUAGUGUGGUUACACAAUCCAGUUCGCAGCAAAGGGAAAUCUCCUAAGCUUCAAGCUAAAUGGGACGGACCGUACCGGAUUGUGACAAGGAUCAAUGAUGUAACCUACCGGAUACAGAAAGGUGCCAGAGGUACUCCUAAGAUUGUCCAUGUGGAUCGACUGGCGCGUUAUUAUGGGGCCAAUAAUGCUCGGGACGAGCAUGCGUUCGCGGCCUACGAGGACAAAGUCCUUACAGCGGAGGAGGAGGAGAAGCGGCACCUAGCCAAGUGCAAGAUGCUGGGCAACAUUAAGUUCAUCGGUGAGCUGGGAAAGCUGGAAAUCCUGGCGGAGUCGAUCCUGCACCGCUGCAUCCAGCAGCUGCUGGCGCGACGAGCGGCCGCCGAGCACCACGAGGACCUGGAGUGUCUCGCACAGCUGGUGCGAACAUGCGGCCGAGUGCUGGACUCGCAGCGGGGCCGCGGCCUCAUGGACCAGUACUUCGCGCGCAUCGAGACGCUGGCGGGUGCGCGAGAGCUGGCGCCGCGGAUCCGCUUCAUGCUGCGCGACGUGGCCGAGCUGCGCCGGGGCGGCUGGCUGCCGCGCGCCGCCACGUCGGCCGAGGGCCCGGUGCCCAUCCACCAGCUGCGCGCCGACGACGAGCCGCCGCGUCGCGACCGGGACCGCGGCCUCGACCGCGACCGCGACCGCGAGCUGUUCCGCGGCGGUCUCCGCUCGAGGCCGCUGGACGACGUGCUAGCCGGUCUCAGUCUGCAGCCGGCGCCGCUCGGCCCCGACAAGCUAUUCGGCAACGGCUUCGGAUCCACGCGAGAUGCGUUCAGACAGCGCGCGCCCGCCGGCUACUUCCCGCGCUCGCAUCAGCACCAGCACCACAACCAGAACCAGCACCACAACCAGGGCCAGCACUACAAGCACCACUCCACGCAGCACCAGAACAACAACGCCAAGGUGCAGGAGGGCGGUCGUCCGGGUGGGGGCGGGAGCAAGGCGCGCGGCGGGGGCGGUGGGGGGGCGCUGGGCGACGUGCAGAUGCGUCCGGCGGCCAACUCGCUCAUGUUCACGGCCAACCGCCUGUCGCGGCCCGCGCCGCACGCGCCGCACGCGCCGCUCGCGCCCAGCCAGCCGAAUGUGCUGACACCUUCGUUCGCUAGCACGCCGUUGCUGCUUAAAGAGCCGGCUAUCACCAUCAAACCUGCGCCCGAUAAGAAGGAGAAACCUAAGAAAGAUAAGGGGCUAAGUAAAGAGGAGGCGUGUCGUCUCGGCAUCGAGGCGGUGGACGCUUUAGCGGAGGCUGGCGGCGUGCGCGUCGCUCUCGACGACGUGCAGCACGACGCGCAGCACGAGCAGAACGAGCAGCGCGAGCAGCACGAGCAGCACAGCGACGAGCAGCACGACGCGCUGCGCAUCCCGCAGGUGCAGCGGCUGCGGGACCUGCAGCUGCCCGACAAGGUGCUGCGGCGGGUGAUUGCGGCGGUGCUGGAGCACGCGCUGGCGGGCCCGGAGGGCGAUGGCGAGGGCGGCGAGGGCUCGGGCGGCGGCGACGCGGCGGACGGGCGGGGCGGGGCGGCGGGCGCGCUGGCGAGCGCGGCGUGCGGCGUGGUGCGCGCCGUCAAGCGCUCGUCCGUGGCCGAGCCGCUGCGCGCGCUGGCGCACGCGCGCCACCCGCACGCGCGCCUGCCCGCGCUGCUGGCGCACGCCGUGCUGCAGGUACGCCCAACGCCACCGCCACUACCUGCACCCUCACUAACACUACGUCAAGCGCUCGUCCGUGGCCGAGCCGCGCGCCACCCGCACGCGCGCCUGCCCGCGCUGCUGGCGCACGCCGUGCUGCAGGUACGCCCAACGCCACCGCCACUACCUGCACCCUCACUAACACUACGUCAAGCGCUCGUCCGUGGCCGAGCCGCGCGCCACCCGCACGCGCGCCUGCCCGCGCUGCUGGCGCACGCCGUGCUGCAGGUACGCCCAACGCCACCGCCACUACCUGCACCCUCACUAACACUACGUCAAGCGCUCGUCCGUGGCCGAGCCGCGCGCCACCCGCACGCGCGCCUGCCCGCGCUGCUGGCGCACGCCGUGCUGCAGGUACGCCCAACGCCACCGCCACUACCUGCACCCUCACUAACACUACGUCAAGCGCUCGUCCGUGGCCGAGCCGCGCGCCACCCGCACGCGCGCCUGCCCGCGCUGCUGGCGCACGCCGUGCUGCAGGUACGCCCAACGCCACCGCCACUACCUGCACCCUCACUAACACUACGUCAAGCGCUCGUCCGUGGCCGAGCCGCGCGCCACCCGCACGCGCGCCUGCCCGCGCUGCUGGCGCACGCCGUGCUGCAGGUACGCCCAACGCCACCGCCACUACCUGCACCCUCACUAACACUACGUCAAGCGCUCGUCCGUGGCCGAGCCGCGCGCCACCCGCACGCGCGCCUGCCCGCGCUGCUGGCGCACGCCGUGCUGCAGGUACGCCCAACGCCACCGCCACUACCUGCACCCUCACUAACACUACGUCAAGCGCUCGUCCGUGGCCGAGCCGCGCCACCCGCACGCGCGCCUGCCCGCGCUGCUGGCGCACGCCGUGCUGCAGGUACGCCCAACGCCACCGCCACUACCUGCACCCUCACUAACACUACGUCAAGCGCUCGUCCGUGGCCGAGCCGCGCGCCACCCGCACGCGCGCCUGCCCGCGCUGCUGGCGCACGCCGUGCUGCAGGUACGCCCAACGCCACCGCCACUACCUGCACCCUCACUAACACUACGUCAAGCGCUCGUCCGUGGCCGAGCCGCGCCACCCGCACGCGCGCCUGCCCGCGCUGCUGGCGCACGCCGUGCUGCAGCGCUCGUCCGUGGCCGAGCCGCCACCCGCACGCGCGCCUGACCGCGCUGCUGGCGCACGCCGUGCUGCAGGUACGCCCAACGCCACCGCCACUACCUGCACCCUCACUAACACUACGUCAAGCGCUCGUCCGUGGCCGAGCCGCGCGCCACCCGCACGCGCGCCUGCCCGCGCUGCUGGCGCACGCCGUGCUGCAGGUACGCCCAACGCCACCGCCACUACCUGCACCCUCACUAACACUACGUCAAGCGCUCGUCCGUGGCCGAGCCGCGCGCCACCCGCACGCGCGCCUGCCCGCGCUGCUGGCGCACGCCGUGCUGCAGGUACGCCCAACGCCACCGCCACUACCUGCACCCUCACUAACACUACGUCAAGCGCUCGUCCGUGGCCGAGCCGCGCGCCACCCGCACGCGCGCCUGCCCGCGCUGCUGGCGCACGCCGUGCUGCAGGUACGCCCAACGCCACCGCCACUACCUGCACCCUCACUAACACUACGUCAAGCGCUCGUCCGUGGCCGAGCCGCGCGCCACCCGCACGCGCGCCUGCCCGCGCUGCUGGCGCACGCCGUGCUGCAGGUACGCCCAACGCCACCGCCACUACCUGCACCCUCACUAACACUACGUCAAGCGCUCGUCCGUGGCCGAGCCGCGCGCCACCCGCACGCGCGCCUGCCCGCGCUGCUGGCGCACGCCGUGCUGCAGGUACGCCCAACGCCACCGCCACUACCUGCACCCUCACUAACACUACGUCAAGCGCUCGUCCGUGGCCGAGCCGCGCGCCACCCGCACGCGCGCCUGCCCGCGCUGCUGGCGCACGCCGUGCUGCAGGUACGCCCAACGCCACCGCCACUACCUGCACCCUCACUAACACUACGUCAAGCGCUCGUCCGUGGCCGAGCCGCGCGCCACCCGCACGCGCGCCUGCCCGCGCUGCUGGCGCACGCCGUGCUGCAGGUACGCCCAACGCCACCGCCACUACCUGCACCCUCACUAACACUACGUCAAGCGCUCGUCCGUGGCCGAGCCGCGCGCCACCCGCACGCGCGCCUGCCCGCGCUGCUGGCGCACGCCGUGCUGCAGGUACGCCCAACGCCACCGCCACUACCUGCACCCUCACUAACACUACGUCAAGCGCUCGUCCGUGGCCGAGCCGCGCGCCACCCGCACGCGCGCCUGCCCGCGCUGCUGGCGCACGCCGUGCUGCAGGUACGCCCAACGCCACCGCCACUACCUGCACCCUCACUAACACUACGUCAAGCGCUCGUCCGUGGCCGAGCCGCGCGCCACCCGCACGCGCGCCUGCCCGCGCUGCUGGCGCACGCCGUGCUGCAGGUACGCCCAACGCCACCGCCACUACCUGCACCCUCACUAACACUACGUCAAGCGCUCGUCCGUGGCCGAGCCGCGCGCCACCCGCACGCGCGCCUGCCCGCGCUGCUGGCGCACGCCGUGCUGCAGGUACGCCCAACGCCACCGCCACUACCUGCACCCUCACUAACACUACGUCAAGCGCUCGUCCGUGGCCGAGCCGCGCGCCACCCGCACGCGCGCCUGCCCGCGCUGCUGGCGCACGCCGUGCUGCAGGUACGCCCAACGCCACCGCCACUACCUGCACCCUCACUAACACUACGUCAAGCGCUCGUCCGUGGCCGAGCCGCGCGCCACCCGCACGCGCGCCUGCCCGCGCUGCUGGCGCACGCCGUGCUGCAGGUACGCCCAACGCCACCGCCACUACCUGCACCCUCACUAACACUACGUCAAGCGCUCGUCCGUGGCCGAGCCGCGCGCCACCCGCACGCGCGCCUGCCCGCGCUGCUGGCGCACGCCGUGCUGCAGGUACGCCCAACGCCACCGCCACUACCUGCACCCUCACUAACACUACGUCAAGCGCUCGUCCGUGGCCGAGCCGCGCGCCACCCGCACGCGCGCCUGCCCGCGCUGCUGGCGCACGCCGUGCUGCAGGUACGCCCAACGCCACCGCCACUACCUGCACCCUCACUAACACUACGUCAAGCGCUCGUCCGUGGCCGAGCCGCGCGCCACCCGCACGCGCGCCUGCCCGCGCUGCUGGCGCACGCCGUGCUGCAGGUACGCCCAACGCCACCGCCACUACCUGCACCCUCACUAACACUACGUCAAGCGCUCGUCCGUGGCCGAGCCGCGCGCCACCCGCACGCGCGCCUGCCCGCGCUGCUGGCGCACGCCGUGCUGCAGGUACGCCCAACGCCACCGCCACUACCUGCACCCUCACUAACACUACGUCAAGCGCUCGUCCGUGGCCGAGCCGCGCGCCACCCGCACGCGCGCCUGCCCGCGCUGCUGGCGCACGCCGUGCUGCAGGUACGCCCAACGCCACCGCCACUACCUGCACCCUCACUAACACUACGUCAAGCGCUCGUCCGUGGCCGAGCCGCGCGCCACCCGCACGCGCGCCUGCCCGCGCUGCUGGCGCACGCCGUGCUGCAGGUACGCCCAACGCCACCGCCACUACCUGCACCCUCACUAACACUACGUCAAGCGCUCGUCCGUGGCCGAGCCGCGCGCCACCCGCACGCGCGCCUGCCCGCGCUGCUGGCGCACGCCGUGCUGCAGGUACGCCCAACGCCACCGCCACUACCUGCACCCUCACUAACACUACGUCAAGCGCUCGUCCGUGGCCGAGCCGCGCGCCACCCGCACGCGCGCCUGCCCGCGCUGCUGGCGCACGCCGUGCUGCAGGUACGCCCAACGCCACCGCCACUACCUGCACCCUCACUAACACUACGUCAAGCGCUCGUCCGUGGCCGAGCCGCGCGCCACCCGCACGCGCGCCUGCCCGCGCUGCUGGCGCACGCCGUGCUGCAGGUACGCCCAACGCCACCGCCACUACCUGCACCCUCACUAACACUACGUCAAGCGCUCGUCCGUGGCCGAGCCGCGCGCCACCCGCACGCGCGCCUGCCCGCGCUGCUGGCGCACGCCGUGCUGCAGGCUAUUAUCAUUGAAUGCAUGAAAGAACACCGAAUAGAGAAUUUUGAUGGUACACAGAAACUGGUGACGCUGGCGGAGGUGGGGUCGUGGUGCGAGGGCGGACAGCACCACCCGCUGCUGCUGGAGCUGCUGCAGCAGCUGCGCGCGCUCGUCGGCGACGACGCACUGCUGCAGCUCUACAACGAGAGCAAGAUCAACCUGUGCGCGUACGUGUCGGAGCGGUGCGAGGACGGCGCGGGGGGCGGGGUGGGCGGCGGGGCGGGCGGCGCGGCGGGCGCGCUGGAGGCGCUGGAGGCGCGCGGGCUGGCCUUCCUGGUGCCGCAGCUGCGCGUGCGCGCCCAGCUCGCGCGCCAGCUGGCCAGCGAGCCGGCGCCGCUGGCGCUGUACCGCUGGAUCAAGGCCAACGUGGAGCCGGCCGUGCGCCACAACGCCGCCUUCGUGUCCACGCUGGUGGCGCUGGUGUGCGCGCACGUGACGGGCGCGGCGGGGGCCGGCGGGACCGGCGGGCCCGGCGGCACCGGCGGGCCCGGCGGCACCGGCAGCGCGCCGGACAAGGCGGCGCUGGAGCAGGAGAAGGCGCUGGCGGAGGCGUACGCGCCGCUGCUGACGGCGCUGCUGGAGGGCCGGCCCGACCUGCAGCUGGCCGCCGUCUACGCCGUGCAGCUGCACGCGCACGCACACAAAUACCCCAAGGGAAUGCUCCUCCGCUGGUUCAUGUACCUAUACAACCUGGAGGUGUGCGAGGAGGAGGCGUUCCUGCGCUGGCGCGAGGACGUCACUGAUGCCUAUCCCGGAAAGGGCGAGGCUCUCUUCCAGGUGAACACUUGGCUGACGUGGCUGCAGCAGCAGGAGUCCGAGGACGAGGAGGCGGAGGACUAG